AUGUCUUUUCAUCAGAAGAAUCCACAGUAUUCACCUGAUCAACCCCUUCAGACCCACGAUGAGACCCAGGGCCUGGAGGUUGCACAGGAAUCCAAGGCUCUGCCUAGUGAUUCGAAGGAGGCUCCUGAUGCUGGUAUCCCCAGUACCUCUGAGAGUCCUCAGAGUUUCUGCUCCUCCUUAAUUGUCACCAGAGUCACCUCAUUCAGCCAGUCUGGUGAGGGCUCCAGUAGCCAAGAGGAGGAGGAGGAGGAUAGCUCCUUAGAGGCAGUUCCAGACCCCAAGAAUGUGCCCAUAGAUGCUGUAGAUGAAAAUGUGGCUUCAUUGGUAAAUUUCCUGCUGUUCAAGUAUCAAAUGAAAGAGCUAAUAACCAAGGCAGAGAUGUUGAAGAUAGUUAGCAAAGAAUAUGAGGGCUACUUCACUGAGGUCUUCCUGAGAGCCUCUGUACGUAUGGAGAUAAUCUUUGGUCUUGAUGUGAAGGAAGUGGAUCCCACCAACCACUGCUAUGCCAUCCUCAUCAAAAUGGGCCUCACCUAUGAUGGGAUGCUGCAUGGUGAAAUUGGUGUGCCUAAGACCGGCAUCCUGAUACUUAUCCUGGGUGCGAUCUUCAUGAAGGAUAACCAUGCCACUGAAGAAGAAAUCUGGGAAGUCAUGAGUGUGAUGGGGUUAUAUCCUGGGAAGAAGCACUACAUCUUUGGAGAGCCCAGGAAGCUCAUCACCAAAUAUUUCGUGGAGGAAGAAUACCUGAAAUACCAGAAGGUACCCAACAGUGAUCCUGCACAGUUUGAAUUUCUGUGGGGCCCGAGAGCCCACGCUGAAACCACCAAGAUGCAAGUCCUAGAGUUCCUGGCCAAGGUUCAUGGGACUGUCCCAAGUUCUUUCCCAUCUCAGUAUGAGGAGGCGUUGCAAGAUGAAGAAGAGAGAGCCCGAUCCAGAAUUUCGGCCACAGCUAUCGACUUCCGUGGCCACUGCCAGUUCUAA